CCUGCAGGGGGCCAUGGAGAAGGUGCAGCUGAGUAGGUCCUGGCAUGGGCCAGGAACGGUGUGGGCGGGGCAAGGCAGGUGGUUCUUGAGAUGUGAUCCCAUUAUUUUGGCUCCAGAGUGACUUUAUGGAGGACAAAGUGGACCUGAAGGAGCUGGUGGAGUAACUAGAGCUUCGAUUCAUCCACCUCUCGGGACAGACACCAUGAGAAAGUACAUCAGCCAGGGGGCAAUGCCAAAAUGUGGCACUGGGAAAGGAGGUCAUCAGCAGGCUGCCCCAGGACCAAGAGAUGCAAGUAGGGUGUGCAACAUCUCUGUGGGGGUGGGAGUGGAGAUGGGGGUGAACUUGGGCACUGGCACCAGCAUGGCAGCUAAGCACCCCUCCCUCCGGGUGAACCUUCUGGAGCUGCAGGGACAGGUGUUGUGCCGUGUGGGAGACCACAAUGAGGGACACGACAAAUUCCUGGCCGCUGCCCAGAGUCCUGCUGAUGAGCCCGCUCUAGGAGCCCCAAGCCCCCAGGAGCUUGGGAGUGCUGACAAGCAGGGUGAUCUUCAUGAGGUGAGCCUCACUGACAGCGUGGAGCCUGCACCAGGAGAGGCCGGAGAGGGUUCUCCCCACAACAACCCCACUGCGCAGAAGAUCGUGCAGCUGCUUCCUCUAAUGCAGGACUCCCCAGGAGCACCGAGGCUUGGGCAGCAACCCCUGCAUGCCAUUCUUUCCAGGCUGCCAAGAACAGGGAGAUAAACCAUCACCAUCAUCUAAAA